AUGCGACUACUUCUAGGGCUUCGGUUGCUGGCGAUCGCUGGACUGUCCCGACUUCGUCUGCCACGAACCUGGGCCACAAUAGUGAGGUUCCUCUUGCCGAGCUUCGUCGCCGACUACGUGUUUCCGGAGCACAAGCCCACAUGGAGAAUCCAUCCGACAUCUUACCUGGACGGCCUUCGGGGCAUCGCCGCCUUAAUUGUAUUCUUUUGCCAUUAUACAGAGAUCAAUUUCGGACUAGCCUUGACACCUUCAUACGGUCUGAACCCCGAUAACAGGCCUUCAUCGUUAGUACAACUACCAUAUCUACGAAUCAUCUUCUCCGGCCGACCCAUGGUACACAUCUUCUUUGUCAUCUCUGGCUUCGCCCUCUCCUACAAGCCGGUCAAGGAGUUGCACGCCCGGAACCUCGACAAAUGCUACAGCGCUCUCGCCUCGUCGACCUUCCGGCGGCCUCUUCGCUUGUUUGGCCCCUGUGUCGUAUCGACGUUUCUGGUCUUAUGCCUGCGCCAGAUGGGCUACAUCAUACCUGGCGAGAAGACGUUACUUGAAGAGUUUCGGAGCUGGAAGGAGGCUGUGUUUCAUCAGAUCACUUGGCCCUGGGAUUGGGAUCGUGAUUUGGCGCCGAACUACGACAUACAUCUCUGGACCAUACCGAUCGAAUUCGCCCAUUCGAUGCUACUCUUCGUGGUAUUGUUGAUGCUCUCCCGAGUUCGCCUGGGCAUACGGAUCGCGACGGUUUUUGGUCUGAUGAUGUAUUGCCUUACCUGCGGGAAGUGGGCCGGCUUCGAGUUUUUGGCGGGCUUGCUCCUGGCCGAGAUACACAUACUCAAGUCCACGCGUACAAAAGCACUAGAACUUUCCGACGUAGGUCGGGUCAGGAAUCCAUCUGGCCACUGGCUCAUAUCGGUGCUCCAGAUCAGUCUUAUCCUCUUCGGCCUGUUCAUCGGAGGCUGGCCAAAUGAGAAUGCGGACAAGACGCCGGGAAUCCGAUUCUUCCUGCAGCACACACCGAUGCCGUUCGCAACUAUGGACGCGCUCGCCCCGCAGAAGUUCUGGUUCGCCUUGUCCGCCGUGGCCAUAGUAUGGGCAGCCGGCGAACUGGAUGGGGUACGGAAAUUCUUCGAGGGCCCUUUCGCGCAAUACUGUGGACGCGUCAGUUAUGCCGUGUACAUUUGCCACGGCCCGGUAGGGAAUGUCUUUCAUGAAAGACUGCUUGGCCAUCCCCCAUUGCCAGCACACGGCGCUCCGACAGCGGCAAAUUUUAAGCCUGCCGUGCCGGCAGCAGGUGUUAAGGGAUAUUUCGGUGUCGAAACACCGCGCGAAGUCAUUAUUAGUUGGUUCAUCGGACUCUGCCUUGUUGGAUCACUUGUGGUGUGGGCGGCCGACGUCUUCUGGCGAGCGAUUGACAGCCCGAUCGUCAAUUUGGCCAGGAAGUUGGAAAAUCUGUGUUUGGAUGAUCCGGAGCCAAGUCACCAGUCUCAGGGGUAUUCGUUGGCAGGAUGA